AUGUCGUCUAAGAAGUCAACGUCCAGCAGGACGUCAAGACAAUCCCAUCGAUCAACGCUGUCGCUAUCAAGAACCGAAAUUGUGAUUAAUGUCUAUGAUCUGUUACCUCCUAGCCGUCUCUCUUCCGUCCUUUGGACAGUUGGUGCCUCACUACUACAUUCAGGUGUCGUGAUAAACGGGAAAGAGUAUGCUUACGGUGGUCACGAUCGGCCUGGGUUAACGGGCGUGUAUUGGACACCACCAAAGACAGAACCACCUGGAGGUACUUUUAAGACCGAAAUUCUACACGGUUUCUCGUUUGCGACUCAGGCCGAGAUUGACACCAUUAUUCGCCAUGCCUCCGACGAAUUUCAAGGUACAUCCUAUAAUCUACUUACCCGAAAUUGCAACCACUUUACUAGCUACCUCUGCAAGAAGCUCACUGGUAGGCCUGGCCCGGGAUGGCUUAAUCGCGCUGCAAGUAUUGGCGUUGCUUUCCCGUGUAUCGUUCCUCGAGACUGGAUCGAACCGCCUGAUUUCGAGACGGCAGAUGGUGCGCUGCUAGACGAAGAGGGACUCAACGACCAUGAGAGAACUAGGAUGCUUAGGGAGGAUAGUUCUAGGAGACUGGCAACACAUGAGAGCGAUGACGACGGAGAACAUUCGAGCCGGGCCAGCGAGGAAACUCACCGUUAUAGCAGGGGUGGCAAAGGAAAAGGCCGAGCUAAGGACACAAGCGGACGAACAUUACCACCUGCCGAGAGAGCACCUUCGUCUGGUAGACCAAGCAUGUCUUAA